AUGGAAAAGGCCGGGGGGAGACCAUUGUUCCGCGUAUGGGGCGAGAUGAAUCAACUGCAGCAAUUCUCGCUUAUCAAAUCCCUGGUCCGGCUGGAGAGUCAGUUGGCUGCGCUUGAAUUUCCUGCCUACGGAAACUUGUACCGUCGGGAUUCAGUCACUCCACAGUUGCAUUCCGAGGUUCCCAUAGACGAUGAAUAUUGUCUGGGGCCAAUGUAUAACGCGUCGUGGUUCCCACAGCCAAAUAAUGGCAUUUACGCAGGUCCAUGGAAGGGUCUAUCAGAGCUUGGCCUUGCGUUGACUGGUCGUGGUCUUGAUCGCCUACAAAAUUCUACGUUUGCGCCCCGUGGGCCCCAUUUCGGUGCUUUGUCGGAACAUACGGAGAUUUUAGAAGCCACGAAGUCGAUAAUACCUGCGCUAGUGGACUGGCCUAUCAUACAAAAACUCUCAAAGCCUACACUGUGGCAUACAGAUCUGCACAUGGGCAACAUCUAUGUUUCUGAGGAAGACCCAACGACCAUCGUUGGUAUAAUCGACUGGCAAUUUACCUCGAUCAUGCCAGCAUUCAUGCAGGUCCAGUGGCCAACCUUCCUAGAACCGCCCGAUAAUUAUGAAAUUGGCCCAGUGAAGCCGGAGUUGCCUGCCAACUUUGAUGUCAUGGACGAGGAUGAAAGAGCCUUCGCAAAGACUAAGAAUAACCAAGCUUUGGUUGCAAAAUGCUAUGAAGCAUCAUUUGCGAAGCAUCAAUCUCCAGCGUUCCAAGUCCUGAGUCGGAAAUAUUGCCCUGUGAGGCAUCUUUUUCUGUUCUGUGACAACACAACCAAGAACGGAAUCAUACCGCUCCGCGACUCUCUUACUGAUAUCAUUGGAAAUUGGACGGAAAUGGGUUUGGGGGACACUUGCCCAUUUCGAAUUAAUGAUGUCGAUUUAUCAAAACAUCAACAGGAGUUUGCACGAUACAAAGACUGGCAAAAGCUAAAAGGGUACACACAGGAGUUGCUGCACACAGAUGAUGAUGGGUGGGUCUCUCCUCAAUUGGACUUUGACAAAGUGCGGGCAAAACACGAUGAGCUGUUUCAGAUCUACAUGGAACUAGAGACCAAGGCCAUAUCCAAGAGCGAGGCAGAAAGACUCUGGUUCUACGUCGAACAGCCUAACACGACCGCUCAAGUACUUCUUGAAAAAGAACCUUCUGACCCACCCCGGUGA